GAGAACCCCUCUGCAGAGCCUCCAGCGAACCCAGGACAAGCAUGUCUGGGAGCAAAUACGUAGACUCAGAGGGCUUUUUGUACACCGCGCCCAUCAGGGAGCAAGGCAACAUCUACAAGCCCAACAACAAGGCCAUGGCCGAUGAGAUGAACGAGAAGGAGAUCCACGACGUGCACACGAAGGAAAUCGACCUGGUCAAUCGAGACCCCAAGCAUCUCAACGACGAUGUGGUCAAGAUUGACUUUGAAGAUGUGAUUGCAGAACCCGAGGGGACUCACAGUUUUGACGGGGUCUGGAAAGCCAGCUUCACCACCUUCACCGUGACAAAAUACUGGUUUUAUCGCUUACUCUCUGCACUCUUUGGCAUUCCCAUGGCUCUCAUCUGGGGCAUUUACUUUGCUAUUUUGUCAUUCCUCCACAUCUGGGCAGUGGUGCCCUGCAUCAGGAGCUAUCUGAUUGAGAUCCAGUGCAUUGGCCGAGUUUAUUCCAUCUGCAUCCACACCUUCUGCGACCCACUGUAUGAGUCUUUCGGCAAAAUGUUCAGUUCUAUCAGAGCAACUGUACUGAAGGAAGCAUAAAUGACAUUUCAAGCAGCCUGAAGAAAAGGUUUUUUUCCUCCCGUGUCUUUUUGUGCUGGUUUUAUGGCUGUCAUCAGUGAACGAAGUGACUAGCACACUACAACUGAAAAUGAAGCAACCAAAAUUCAGCAAAGAAUCACUUGUUAAAAAAAUCAUUACUACUUAACUAUCCCUCCUGGAUUGGUAUCUUUGCAGGAGAGAGAUCAAUCUCUUGUU